UCUACCAGACAGCCAUCAAUUGCCCUGAUCUCGAAAGAUUGGCAUUGGCCACAGAAAAACAAAUAUCACCACGUCUACCUCUAGUUUGCAUAGCACGAUAAAACAGGGUGAUGAAGAACAGGAUCUCAGUUUAUGGAAUCCAAGUUUUUCAGAUUCCCAACCUGUCCUGAAUGCAGACAAUGUAAGUAUUGGAAACAUGCUGACUUUGUGGUUAUUCGGCCAAGUCCUAUCUGAUAAUGUGACCGUUUGCAAUAAUUCUGGGAAGUGCUCAGGUUAUAAAGUCGCCAGAUUUAUAGCAAUAAUCCACUUACAGUGUGCUCAGGAAGGAAGCCUUGGAGCAGGAAAACAAACAUGACAGUAAAGACUAGCAGACCAUCAGUAAAACAGGUGCAUGAGAACAAGCAGAUAUGCAUGUCAGAGGUUUUGUUUAAUCCCCUGAUUACUGUGUUAUAGACACACACACACACACACACGUGCACACAUGGCAGAAGGCAGGGCACCGACAGCUCCUGACACAUGAGAAACACACAGCUGGUGGAAGAGUGAAUGCGAGCGGAGAUGUGAUCGCCGCCUUCAUUCAUCAUGAUACCACUGUUCAACAAUUCACCAGCUAAAGAAGAGGUGCUCCUCGGGUUCCUGAACCAGUCGACCGGAUACUGCAGCCGCUUUGAGAAUGGCCAGUGGUACUGCAAUAUUCUGCUGGUACUCUUCACUUUUGCUCUCCCUGUGGGGAUUGUGGGCAAUGUGGCAGCUCUAAUCAACUUCACAUGCUUCAGGAAAACCUUGAGCACCAGUGACAUUUUCCUGUUGAACGUGGUGCUGUGCGACUCGGCCUGGAUUCUCACCCUCCCCUUCACCCUGUACUUCACCUUCCAGAGGACGCACCUCAAAGACAUUCAGAUCUUCUGCCAGUUCAAGAAGAUCUCCUUCAACAUCAACAUUUACAGCAGCAUCCUCUUCCUCACUCUGAUCAGUUUCGAUCGCUACAUUGGGACCGUGCAUCCCAUCAGCUCUCUCCGGUGGUGGGAUUCAGGCAAAGCCAAGCUGUGCUCCGUGUGCACAUGGAUCGCGCUUGCGUUGACCUCCAUCCCCGACUUAUUUGUCACCUUCGCAAUUCGGCGGCCGGAAAAUGUGACCGUGUGCAUGGAUCACAUUCAUGGUCCCUUUAUUUAUGUCAAGGUCAUCACCAUAAUCAGAACUAUCUUAGGCUUCCUGUUACCAUUAAGCAUCAUGCUGGUUUUUUAUAUCAUGACAGUUGGUGUUUUAAGGCAUCGCCCAAGAGGAAAGCACAGAGCAGCCCAGCGGGCACGGGGGAAGCCUCUGCGCCUCAUCACUGCAGCCAUACUCAUCUUUGUGGUCUCUUUCAUUCCCUACCACAUCAUGGUCGUCAUUCUGGUGCUCAUGAGGAGCAACAACCAGGUCACACCAUCCAACACCGGCAUCCUCUAUGCGUCCUAUGAAUUCUUUGAGGCUAUGUGUACUGUGAGCAGCUGCCUGGACCCGCUACUGUACAUUGCAGCUAGUGAACAAUUCCAGAAGAAGAUACUGGCCUUGAAAAGAGAUGGAUACAAGAGAUUAUGCUGCAGAGCCAGCAGGAGGGUCGGGGUAAUCGGCUAAUUGUUACACAUGUGCCACUCGCAGGGAACAACUGUACAAUUAUCUUGGCCUAAACUAAGUCAUUGCACUUUGGGGACCUGGACGGAAAUGUUUUACAUCACAAAAAUAUUUUUAUUGCAAUGAAUCUGACUCAUUUUGCUGCAAUUUCAACUGCAACCCCUGACCUUCCAGUGCGAAGAUUAACUGCUGAUAUGAUACCAAUAUUAACAGAAAUAUGUAGGGAAGCUAAUGAUGAUAUAACAACAAUUAGAAAAUGUCAAUUAAUAUUUCCCCCUAGCCCAAUUCUACCGCUUUAUCCUCCACCAGAGGGUCUCGGGGGGUGCUGUGCCAA